AUGUCCUUGGCCGUUCGCAAAUUCCACUUCCUUGAAUCUCCCUGUUACAUCAUGUCCGACUUCCAUCACACUGCCUCUUCCGCCACUUACCCCCAUUCCACAUCCCCUUCCUUCAUCCUACGUCCCGUCUCGGUCACCUUUACCGACUCUUACGACUCCCUUGCCUCCGUGGAUCACAAUCAAGGCAUCACAGUGGACGAUCCACAACUCAAAAUAGGCAUCCCCGACCUUCCGAGUCAUAUCCUUAACCCCCACACGCCAAGCGCGGCACAAGUGUUCGCUCUGUUCAACACCACUCCACGCACACUCAUUCCCAUCUACCCCUCCCCCCUCUACGAUCUAACUCAUUAUCUAAACCCCAACCUCAUAGGGGCACUCUACUACAUCACAUUCACCAACGACAAAGCUCCAAUCAUGCUAGAACAGAAUGGGCUAGAUGAUCCAACGAACUUCUUUUUCUAUUUACAGCAGAUCGUGAUGACUUGUGCGUAUCAGGUGCACCAGGGACCGCUGGACAGGCAUCAGAUGACCCUGCUCUCGAACGUAGCUGUUACCAACUAUAGAAACAAGAGGCUGCUAAACCUCCCAGCCCUUAGGAGCGACAUGAUCAGUUACUGCCCUAACGGGUACAGCUCCCUCAGUAUGAACCUCCUCCUUCGUCACUCUCCAACCGAGUGGAUUGACACACUAAAACGAAUCCCUUUCCAACGAAACAUGAUCCGAUGGUUCCGAAUCACGGGAUUUGGGAGAGAAAGGCUAGUUAUAGAAGAAUACAUGCUGGGCGGAACGCUACCAGAACGGCUUUUCCCUACAAAUAGGCGAGGAGAACAGCACGUAGCCGCCUACUGGUCAGAAGGAGCCAACCCAUCGGACAAUAUGAGACCGUGGUACAUGACUAGGACGGACGUAGUGGAGGAAGAUGGGUAUCAUUUACUGCGACUGGAGGAACUUCUCUACGAGCUGCAGCAAAUCAUCGACGCCCCGGGAACCUCUGGGAACACGGCAUGCCCCCCUGCCAUGUCUCUUGUCAUCUCCCUCCCGGUGCUAAGAGAAUCACCUCUGACACCUAUUCCACUCAUCGCACCGUCGCCACCCCUUCCCCCUCUUCAACUAAACAUCCCGGUUCCUUUUCAGCACCCCAUCUCAGCCGAAAGAACCACAGCAAUCGAAGAACAGGCAAUGGCCACGCUCCCCCACACUCACGCAGAACCUUUCCCGGGAAAUCGGCUUGCUCCCAUCCCAAACCUGGAAGAAGACGACCCCAUGCAUCCUACCAGCCCUAUCUACGACCCUGAGCAAGCUGUCCGGGAUCACGAAGUUAGUCGACCACUUCCGAUGCCGCCCCCGGCACCCCCUACUACACCCACAUCUCCGACCCUUGUCGGCAGUGACCCCGCCCCUGCUAACCCUUUCCACACGCCCUCCUCCCAACUUGCAAUGGUACCUGUUGCCUCGGAAGAUUGGCGCAAAGGAGCACAGGCCUCGGAACUCAUCUGGCCUGCAACCCCGGCCUUCACUCCCUCCCCUCCUACAUCUCCUACUCCACCUGAGGUGCGUUAUUGCUGGGAAUGUGGACGAAGUGGGCAUCUUCUCGCAGGAUGUUCAAUCACCCACAUCCAAUCACGAACCGACGUCACCACACAUCAAUUCUUACGGGAUUACGAUGUGCAUCAUGGGGCUGCUAACCAACUUAGGCUGCAAAUGGACAAGGUGGCGGAAGAAUACGGAUAUCACAAGCAGGCUUGGGAGCACAUGAUCGACACCGCACUAUGGGCUGGUUAUCCAACUCGCUCCGUCCCCACUUACGAUGUCAAUAACCCACGCAACCCACCUCCUGUGACUGGACCACGUCCUAAGCGCCGAAGACUUGUGUAG